AUGCAAGUCGUUUGGGAAGCAGACACGGCGGCUUUUGCAAGUCGCAAGAGAGCUGCCCGUGCAUGUCCCAAAUGUCGCAGUGCCAAGAAACGCUGCCAUCACACAUUCCAGAGAGAUCCCGAUCAACAAGCAGAUACCGAUGGCCUCGACAGAGUGCUACCCAACUUGACUCACAAGGAGCCUAUCCGUUUUGUGGGUGAUCUAAAUCCUGAGUCUAUCCUGACCGAUUUGUCUAGCAGACUUGAAGGUGGCAAGCGUAUCAGCAGAGUCGGAACAUGGGUGGAACAGUCUCGCCAUCUUCAGGAUCAUCUCCCCCAGGAGGACUUGGGUCCAGUAUUGAAACAUGGAGAGAAGACACCCAUCAAUGUUGAGAAAUAUGGAAAGAUCGAAGGAGGCCGAAGAACCUUGACCGGUCACCAACGAAACUACUUACAGGCCGUUGGCGCAUUUCGUGUCCUACCAAAAGCUACUCAGGAUGCCCUUUUUACCACCUACAUUGCGUGUUUCGAGGGCAUCCUUCCCGUCUUCGAUGGCAGCAAGCUUCUGCGCGAUUAUACUGAGGGCAGGUGUUCCAUCUUUCUCCUACAGGCUAUAGCCUUGGUGACGUGCAAGACCGAGGAAGCAGCCCUUUAUCUCCGACUCUAUGAGGAUGGCCCACUCCUUGACCCAAUCCCGUUUGCGAGAAGUCUUCACACCGGAUUGGAUGCUGCUAUGAAAGCAGAUCUGGAACCCGAUAGAGUCACCAAGAUCCAGAUACUGACUUUGAUGCAUCUGCACAACGACGGACCUGGUGGUAUCGAAGAGUCAUCUUUGCACCUUUCACAAGCUAUUCACGAUGCAUGGACGGCCGGCUUGCACAUUCACACACCAGGCAGAACCCUAACAGAUUCAUCUAGCAUGCUCUGGUGGACAAUUUGGGCGUUAGACAAAUUAAAUGCGUGUGUUGGUGGACGUCCGAUCAUGAUUGCGAAUCGAGAUAUUGAUAUUGCCCGCCCACCACUCACUGACGAUCCGAGAAGCCAAAUAAUAUGGGCGUGGUUACGACUUGGAGAUCUCUUGGAUGAAGUGAUUGAAUUCUACAGACCAAUCGCCGACCUCAACUCUACAGGUUGGGAGACGGAAUUCCCAACCUACAAAUCCCUGCUGGAGGGUAUUAAUCUUGAUGCACUACCAACCUCAGAGCAAAGUAUUCUCGAAAUCUGCUACCACGUCAUCGCAAUCCUCAGUUGUCGAAUCGGAGGGCCCACAACCGCCUCAUACGCCCGACGGAUAACGGCCUCAGACCGCAUCCAACAACUCGUCUCCAAUGGCAAACACGCCAACAUGUCACCUCUCCCACUCGUACCCUACGCCGUCGGGCUCUCACUAACAGUCGCAUACCGUGGCCUGAGAGAUAAUCACCUCGACGCAGAGCGCGCACAAGCGGACCUUGCCACACGAUGCGAAACCCUCGAGAAGCUGAGUACAUACUGGUGGACCGCGGACGCCAUGGCACGCCUGGGUCGAAAAGCCUUGAAAUCUCUGCAGCAGCCAGGCGUUCAGAAAGCCGCGGUCGCAAACAUCGCGGGCGAGCUGGAAGCUGAAGUGACCGUGUGCAAGUUCGGUCCCUUCGAGCCCAAAGCCAACCCGGCUGCCAUGCCGCCCACAACCAAAAAGGUGCCCGAACUCAACGGCAAUGCCCUCCGCCUCCUAUCCGACGCAGCAGCAACGCACUCGAACACGCUGGGCGUGCUGGGUCCGAACAACACCCUCCAACACAUGACGCCGUCGUCCAUGACGCUUUCCCCCAUGCCGAGCAUGGUUCGUGCUGGAAACCGAGAACCGCCUGCAAUGAUGCACACUGCUACGACGGCCACGACGGCGACAAUGCCCGCGACGCCGAGCAACAUGUUUACCACGAACGAUAGUGUCCGAGUGAUGGACGUCGGUGGCGGCGACGGCAACAAUCCCAACAAUGGCGGAGUGUACGACCACUUCAACGACCUCGACAACCUGUUUGACGGCUUCUUCGACCUCAGCAUGCCGACCAUUUUCCAGGAUCCGCUCUUCGACGGCGACGCCUUUGUGAACGCCAACAUGGACUUUUCCAUGGGUGGGCUUAUGGACGAUAUGGAUGUGGGAGGAGUGGGUGGGGCGGGAUUCCAGGGUGGGAAUAAUGGUCCGUCGUCGAUGUCGGGUCAGCAUCCUGGUGGCGGGAAUGGCGCUGCCAGUGGUGCGGGAGGGAACGGGGCUGCGAUGUAUCCUGAUCUGGGGUUGAACGGUCGGGGGUAUUAA